CCUGGCAUUCCGCCUCCCAGUUGGCUGUCGAGUGACGUCGAGUGACCACCGACGCUCGUCGAUUCGUCAUAGAUUAAAGCAAGAACGAUCCCUAAGAAAAAUCCUGUUACCAAAUUCCCCGCGAGGUCGCUGCAGUCAUCUGGAGAGGAUGGAGGGACGCCUUGCAAGGAUAGUGGCUGUGCUAGCGGUGGCUAGUUGCGUCUGGAUGGCGGCGGGGGAGAAGGCGUCUGGGCCCAGGACGAAGUUGCCCGAGGAUAAGCUGUUCGGCGACCAGGCUGCCUUCUGCGAGGGCUGCUAUGCCGUGGUGCACGAGUUGGACAGCCUCCUGACGAAGUGGCAGAAGGAGAAGGGAUCCCUGGAGGACCACAUCGACGCGGCCCUCCUCGCCAUCUGCAGCACCGACAGACUACGCUCGUACGUCCUCUCCCCGCCGAAGAUGACCAGGCUCUGCUCGGGGAUCAGGGUUCACUACUUGGACGACCUCGGGAUGGCCUUCAUGAAGAAGUACGCUCGGAAGGAGAACCUGACAAUCGACGAGAUCUUCGAAGCCACCUGCAGGAAGGUCAUCCCGGCGUGUCCUAAUGGGAUGAAGCCCAUGUCCGUCGCCAGGAAGGUACGAAAGGGCGGUGGGUGGCGUGGGAAGGAGUUUCAUUUCUUGUCUCUUUGGGGGAGGAUAAAAACGUAG